UUCUCCAAAUAUCCACAACGCAUCAAUAAUCAUUUGCUGGUGCUUUUAUUUCGAUUGCAACGUUAUGCGACAAAUAAUGGUUAAAUCUAUAAAUAUUUUGUUACUCAACCAGCUAAAACUUUCGAUAUUGCCAUCAUGUGUUCUUCAGUCUAGCUGGGGCACUCACUGCAAGCACUCGCUCAGAGCCACGCUCAUGCGCAUUGACGGCUGCCUGGGCAAUUUGUCAGUACUCGUGGGAGAAUUUGGAUAUCACUAUUUUUAAUAUGGAUGAGUCUACAAACAUCACAAAUGCAGUAACCCCUGACUUUGAUGUGUAUGGUGCCAUGGACUGGAGUGAUGGUGUUGGAACCUUACCUGGGAGUGAGCUAAAGUUUAAGGUGAAUGAGUUUGGAGUCUUGGAGGUCCUAACGGAGGAGGGAGAUGAUGAGAGGGUGAAGAAGUCUCAUGCCACCACUACAUGGGCAGUGCCCACUGCUCAGGAGGCCCUCUCAGACAGUGCGUGUGUGGCGGUGAAAGAGGAGAGGCAGGAGGGUCAGUGGGCCCAGAGAGGCCUGGUGUGUGUGCGCUGCCAGAGGAAGGGCUCCCCCGUGGACUUCCUGUCUGACUGCCUUCACUGCAGCGAGCGCUGUCUGCAGCAGGACCAGCAGGAUGAGCUGAAGCUGAAGAAAGAGGUGUCUAAGAGCAAUGGGGAGGUGGUGGGGGUCAGCUGUAAGAGGCCUCUGCAGCAGUACAAGGAGAGCCUAGCUGACAAGAUGGACACCACAGAGGUCCUGCCUGAGGACCAUGAUGAGGACUAUGAGGAGAAAGACAGCAGGAAGACGACGCGUGGAGCUCCGCGAGGCAGGAGGAAGCGGAGGGGGGAUGCAGCCCUGCUGAGACACACUGUUCCAUAUGGAGGGAAGAAGAAGUCUUGGUGUUGGGCUUCCUAUCUGGAGCAGGACAAAGCCAUCGCUGCCCCCACUAAACUGUUCAAAGAGCACCAGGCCUUCCCCCAGAGUAAGAAUGGAUUCCGGGUGGGGAUGAGGCUGGAGGGUGUGGACCCAGAACAUCCCUCCAUGUACUGUGUGCUCACUGUAGCUGAGGUUUCAGGACACCGAAUACGGCUUCACUUUGACAAGAACUUGGACUGCUAUGACUUCUGGGUGAAUUCCAACUCUGCAGACAUCCACCCUGUGGGAUGGUGUGAGAAAACGGGACACAAGCUGCACCCCCCCAAAGGUAUGAAGGAUGAGGAGUUUGGCUGGUCGUCAUACAUCAAACAGAGCAAAGCCCAGGCAGCUCCCAAGGCCCUGUUUGAGAAUCAGAACACGACUGUCACCCCUUUAGGAUUCAGAAUUGGGAUGAAGCUGGAGGCCAUUGACAAGAAGAACCCCUCCUUCAUCUGUGUUGCCACAGUAACAGACAUGGUGGACAGUCGAUUCCUGGUGCACUUUGAUAACUGGGAUGAGAGCUAUGACUUCUGGUGUGAUGCAACCAGUCCCUACAUCCACCCAGUGGGCUGGUGUCAAGACAACGACAGGAUUCUCACGACCCCUCCAGGUUACCCCAGUGUCAAGGAUUUCUCCUGGGGAAAGUAUCUGGAGGAGACCAACUCAUCACCGGCCCCUGCCAGGGCUUUCAAAGGGAAACCCCCCCACACCUUCCUGCCACUCAUGAAGCUGGAGACGGUGGACAAGAGGAACCCCAUGCUUGUCAGAGUGGCCACCGUGGUAGACACUGAGGACCACAGGAUCAAAAUCCAUUUUGAUGGCUGGACGGAUGAGUAUGACUACUGGGUGGACACAGACAGUCCAGACAUCCACCCUGCGGGCUGGUGUGCUAAGACUGGCCACCCCCUCCAGCCCCCGAUCAGUCCACAGGAGCUGUUUGAGUCAUCAGGGCAGGGCGGAUGUCCCACCCCAGGGUGUAAAGGUGUGGGCCACAUCAAAGGAGCCCGCUACUCUGGCCACCACAGUGCGGUGGGAUGCCCAUACUCUGACAUCAACAUCAACAAGGACUCAGUGCUGCCAGACCGUCUGAGUGGUGAGAUGCCAGGGUCAGGAGGACUGGGCCGACCCCGACGGGCAGAACCCAACCCAGAGAACCACCCAGCUCUAGCUCUCACUGCAGACAAGCACUUAAGCGCCAACACAAAUCACCUGGAAAAGCCUGGCAGGUGUGAGAUGGCUGGCAGCGGCAUGGCGAAACCCGCCGGCACAGAGCCCAAGAGGAGGGUUGGGCGGCCUUGCAAGCAGAAGAAGGUAGAGGAGCUGGUGGAGGACGAGGAGUUGAAGAGUGAGGUGCCAUGCAUAAUUGAAACCAAAGAGCUAACACUACAGGAAGCCCUUCACCAGUCAGUGUUCAUGCCAUGCACCUCGCCAUCCCCCAGCAGCACUCCUUUCUGCUGGGACCAGCACAGCAAGCUGCUACCCACCGUGGCUGGCAUCACUUCAAGCAAAGUGGCUGUGUGGACAGUGGAGGAGGUGAUUGAGUUCAUCCAAGGUCUUCCAGGCUGUAACGAACACGUGCACACUUUCAGAGAUGAGCAAAUAGAUGGUGAAGCCUUCCUUCUGUUGACUCAGGUUGACCUAGUGAGGAUCAUGAGCAUCAAGCUGGGUCCAGCCAUAAAAAUCUACAACUCCAUCUUGAUGUUCAAGACGGCAGAGGAAUCGGCAUGUAAUGAGCUCUAACAAAGGUCGGAGGCCACUAUUUUUACCCUGAGCAGAGCAGAGCCAGAAGAAGGAGGUCUACAGAUAAGGAUGUGAAGCACAAAGAACCCUUCUUCUUCCCAGAGGAUGUAUCUCAUGCAAACUGAAUGCACAUGUGAAUUGCACAAGUUAUAUUUUUUUUUAAGACAGCCAUAUUGCAUACUGCGAAUCUCUAAUGUGAUUGACUCAUUGGAGAAAUGUCAUUUUCAAUCAUCAGCUCUAUUAUGUGUAAUAUUAUUGUACAGUAUAGGCUUUUUUUAUAUUAGUGUUGGGGUGGUGCCACGAGGAUGCUCGUUCUACCUAAAAACUACAACUGGAAAUGUAGAACAAAUGCGUCAGAUUUCCUUUAGUGCAUCACAAUCAGCAACUCUGACAUUUUCAUCGUGUAGAAAGUCCCAUCUGCACAGGGCUUUAGCUGUUCCGUUUUCUCUGGGAUGUUGAUGUCAUGCAGGUCAGAGAGAUUCUAACUGAGAAUGGAAGCUCAGUGAUUCCCCAGGUGAGUGGCACAGAGAAAUGAAUACAUUCAUGAGAAAGUCCUCAUGCUUUUUUAUCCUUGUUACUUCUGUCUGACUGCUGGGGUGGUGGUGCUGGAGGACAAGGCUGUAUAACUGAGAGGAGAAAGGGAUUUUUAUUAAUUCACCAAACUAACAGGCACCAGACUGUAAAACAAGCCAUCAGGCCUUGCAUUUAAUUUCCCUUUGGUAAAUGCACUCACCUAUUAUGCUUUAUGGAUAGCCAUAUACAGUACCUGUAUAAAGACCAACAUGGGUCACAUUGGUCUGUUUUCUCCUGUGUAUUGUACAGUCAUGUCCUCAUCAGUACUGUUCAGGCCCUAUGAAGCAGUGACAAGUGUCUGUUUACUUUAAGGUACUAACCCCGGGGAAGGGGUUUGGUUGAAUUAAUUCAAUCUAAAAGUCCAUAUAGACAAUGGUAUUUCUUUACGUGGACUGUUGUUCACUAUUGUUUAUUUACAGUGCAUUCGGGUGAUAUUCAGACACCUUGACGUUUUCCACAUUAUGUUACGUUACAGCCUUAAUCUAAAAUGUAUGAUUGUGUCUAGAUUCCUCGUCAGUCUACACACAAUACCCCAUAAUGACAAAUUGAAAACAGGUUUUUACAAAUGUUUGCAAAUGUAUAAAAAACAGAAAUACCUUAUUUACAUAAGUAUUCAGACCCUUUACUAUGAGACUCGAAAUUGAGCUCAGGUGCAUCCUGUUUCCAUUGACUCUCAUUGAGAUGUUUGUACAACUUGAUUGGAGUCCACCUGUGGUAAAUUCAAUUGAUUGGACAUGAUAUGGAAAGGCACAC